AUGCCAAUUGACUAUUCCAAGUGGGACCACAUCGAGAUUUCUGAUGACUCCGACAUUGAAGUACACCCCAAUGUUGAUAAGAACUCAUUUAUAAAGUGGAAACAAAGAGAUAUUCACGAAAAAAGACAGCAACGGAAUGUAGAGAUCAAGUCUAUUUUGGUCCAGUCGACCAUGUAUGUUAAGCUCAACGAAAGAGUUGAUUAUCUCUUAGAGAAUUGCAACGAUGAAGAGCUUUUGGAUACCAAGGUGGUCAUUGACAAGCUUAAUCUGAAGUUCGACAAGCUGGAACGGUUUGACUACGAACGACUCAUUAAGGAACAAGGUUCGAGUCUCAGGAAGGGAUUGAAGGACCUCACUUUCGAUAAAGAAGAGAUUGGAAACACGCCCCCAUACAAUGAGAUGGUUGAAGAUUUAUUCACACAGGUGAAAGAAGAUCACAAAGAUGCCGAAACCGAUGCCUCCAAAUUGCGGUCAUAUAUUUCGGAACACAGACAGAAAAUUGACGAUGUUUUGUCGAAGCUGUCAACUAAACUAGACGACCUCUUGUACCAGAAAUCAUUGUUGAUCACUAACGAUGAUUUACAUACUGGUUUUGACCGCUCGUUCAUGAAUAAAGAUGAUGAGACCAAGCCAGAACCUAAGAAAGUAAAGGAAACAACCAUUGAGACAUUAAAUAGUCCUCUGGUACAAUCUCAAGAGGUUCUGCAUCAAACAAGUUCAAACCACGAGAAAUCUGAAAAAGAACUCCUCGAUGAGUUGAAGGUUUUGCCAGAAACUGAAAAGUUUUCCGUCAUAAAAUCAGAUAAUUUGGAUGAAAGUGCUAAAUACUUGCUCCAUGACCCUCACAUAUGUACAGAGCAGCAAAAGGAUGCAUUGCUCAUGACAGCUUUCGACUCCCAAUUGCAAGGAGACGAAAGUAGAACAAGACAGAUCAUACACCAAUCAUUACUUCUUCAAUACAUUGCCCAGUUGGCAGGACCAAGACCCACCAAGGACCUGAUCAUCAAAGCCAUAAAGUUGUUCAUCAGCAAAAUCAAAGAUUCAAGUGCCCCAGCCAGAGGUGCUUUCUUACAGGACUUUGAGAAUACCUUCAAGCAUAUCGUCCAACGGUGCGAGGUACUCAAACAAGAACAAAGCAGUGGUGAACGUGGAGAAGCACUUAUUCAAUUGAAAUCUCUUGAUGAUGACAAAGAACUCCUGGUCAAUCUUCCUCAAGAAGACACACCAGAGUUUGAAAUCUUCUCUACCCAGCUUCCGAAAGAAAUGCAAGAAGCUGUCAAGGAAGGGUCCUUGGAUAGAGUCAACGAAGUGUUUGCAACAUUACCUUUGGAAGAAGGUGAAAGAAUUCUCGAGGUGUUCAAUGAGUGUGGUGUAAUAGGCUUAAGUGGUUACUUGCUGGAUGAAAAUGAAUUCCAGGAACUACAAAAGCAGUACAACGAGAACAUGGAUCUCAAGCCAACGGAAGCUGUUGAAGAUACAGUGGACUAG